AAGCAUCCAAGCACAUCUCAACAUCCCGCCGUUUGGACUUUUUCUGAUUCAGGUGUGCGCAGCAUAUCACGCCGAGACACCGGGACAGAAGCGGUGGAUUUUAUUUUCUGUCUGAAGACUGAGAGGGAAAUGCAUUUGAUCACAUUUGAACUUGACUCUUUUUUUUUUCUCCCUCUCUCUCUCUCUUCUAAUGGGAUAGUUCGUGUGCAUAUUUGAACAGAACAGGUGUAAUAGGGUUCCUCCGGUAAUGCGGAAUGACCGCACAGGACCGUUAACGCUCGCUUACCGUGGAUCGCCUGAUUCAACAGCGACCACUGCAUUCCGCGCGCGCUCGACCGCACAUUGAUCUGCGGAGGAAAGUUUAAUGCAUAAACGAAGAUUGUUUACUUUACUGCUGUUAAAUCAACAUUCUCCCUUAAAGCAAUUGGAUUUUGGGGGCUAAAUUGCUUGUAAUAUUCUUUACUGACCUAGUCCUGAAAGCACUGAUCAAUACGGAUAUCUUCAUAUUAUACUGGAGUCAAAUAAUUUGUCUGACAGCACUCACACAGAUCGAACGGAUUUGUCACUAUGCGCGAGAAUCGGUAACUGAUGCUCCCCGUAUGAACGAGCUCACUGUGAACUGGGGUCGUGUUUGGCUGCUGUUUUGUCUACAAAUGUAAGGCUCUGUGAAACCUUGGCUCUGACAACACCAUAUGGAGACAACUGUUUGAAUUGAAGCAGCGGGAACACGCGUGAACUGCUGUCAUGGAUUUAAGGGAUUUUUUCUUGUUGGCAACAUUAGUUGCUUGUUUUUGGUUAGAUCCAACCAUAGCCCAAGAGCUCAUUUACCCUAUUCGUGAAGAGCUACAGGAGAAUGUUCUUAUUGGAAACAUACCAAAAGACUUGAACAUCUCCCAUAUGAACUCUGCUAUCGGGGCUAGCAGUAAUUUGGUUUACCGACUUGUGUCGAAAGCCGGGGACAACCCGUUAUUAAGAGUGAUGAGCAAUACAGGAGAAAUCUUUACCACCGCAAACCGUAUUGACAGGGAGAAACUCUGUCCUGGCCCCUCUUUUGAAGACAGUGAGUGUUCCUUUGAAAUUGAGGUGGUCAUUUUGCCUAAUGACUAUUUCAGAUUAAUCAAAAUAAAGAUCAUUGUCAAAGACACCAAUGACAAUGCCCCUAUGUUCCCCUCCCCUGUGAUCAAUAUUUCAAUUCCGGAAAACACACUAAUUAACAGCCGCUUUGCCAUUCCUUCUGCCACCGAUCCAGAUACCGGACCCAACAGCGUACACAAAUACGAGCUGUUGAACGGGCAGAGUGCUUUUGGUUUGGAUAUUGUGGAGACGCCAGAGGGUGAGAAAUGGCCACAGCUUAUAGUUCAACAGAAUUUAGACAGAGAGCAGAAAGAUACGUAUGUGAUGAAAGUCAAAGUGGAAGAUGGGGGGAACCCACAAAAAUCCAGCACUGCCAUUCUACAGGUGACCGUCACUGAUGUUAAUGAUAACCGGCCUGUCUUCAAAGAGAACCAAAUUGAGGUCCACAUCCCAGAAAAUUCUCCUGUUGGAACGUCAGUAGUUCAGUUGCAAGCCACUGAUGCAGAUGUUGGGGCCAACGCAGAAAUUAAAUACAUGUUUGGGACUCAAGUGUCUCAAGCCACGCGGAGACUUUUUGCUCUGAACUCCACCACUGGGCUUAUAACAGUUCAACGGCCGCUAGAUAGAGAGGAGUCUGCCAUUCAUAAACUGACAGUACAAGCCAGCGAUGGAAGCUCUAGUCCAGCAAGAGCCACAAUAACUAUCAAUGUGACUGAUGUUAAUGACAAUGCCCCAAAUAUCGAUCUAAGAUACAUCAUAAGUCCAACCAAUGGUACCGUGAUGCUUUCUGAAAAAGAUCCAAUUAACACCAAGAUUGCUCUUAUUACUGUAUCUGACAAAGACACUGAUGUCAAUGGCAAAGUUAUUUGUUUUAUUGAAAAAGAUGUUCCUUUUCACCUCAAAGCAGUUUAUGAUAACCAGUAUUUGUUAGAAACAUCUGCAUUGCUCGAUUAUGAGGGAACAAAGGAGUACAUCUUUAAGAUUGUGGCCUCUGACUCUGGAAAACCUAGUUUGAACCAGACUGCCCUGGUCAGAGUAAGGCUGGAGGAUGAGAAUGACAAUCCGCCCAUUUUCACUCAGCCUGUCAUCGAACUGGCAGUCAUGGAAAACAACCAACGUGACAUGUUCCUGACAACCAUCAGUGCUACAGAUGAGGACAGUGGAAGGAAUGCUGAGAUUGUCUACCAGCUUGGACCCAAUGCUUCGUUCUUUGAUCUCGACCGCAAAACAGGGGUGCUAACCGCAUCAAGGGUGUUUGAUAGGGAGGAACAAGAGCGGUUUCUCUUUACAGUCACCGCCAGAGACAAUGGCACUAGGGCUCUGCAAAGUCAAGCGGCAGUCAUUGUGACCAUAUUAGACGAAAACGACAAUAGCCCUAAAUUCACACACAACCACUUUCAGUUCUUUGUGUCUGAGAAUCUGCCUAAAUAUAGCACAGUAGGAGUGAUUACUGUCACAGAUGCUGAUGCUGGCGAGAAUGCAGUGGUGAGGCUUUCGAUCCUCAACGAUAAUGAGAACUUCAUCCUUGAUCCAGAUUCUGGAGUGAUAAAGUCCAAUGUUUCCUUUGACCGAGAACAGCAAAGCUCCUACACGUUUGACGUAAGAGCGGUGGACAAUGGAAGUCCUCCGUGUUCAUCAGCUGCUAAGGUGACCAUCAAUGUCAUUGAUGUCAAUGAUAACACCCCCAUUGUCAUCUACCCACCAUCAAACACCUCUUUCAAACUAGUGCCACUGUCUGCAAUUCCAGGGUCGGUUGUCGCUGAGGUUUUUGCAGUAGAUGGUGACACAGGUAUGAAUGCAGAACUUAAGUACACAAUUGUGAGUGGCAACAACAGAGGUCUUUUCAGAAUUGACCCUGUAACGGGAAACAUCACACUAGAGGAGAAACCCACUGUUGCAGACAUUGGCCUCCAUAGGUUAGUGGUCAACAUCAGUGACCUUGGCUAUCCAAAGUCCCUGCACACCCUCAUCCUCGUUUUCCUUUUCGUCAACGACACAGUUGGAAAUUCCUCAUACAUUCAUGACCUCAUCCGUCGGACAAUGGAAACUCCGCUUGAUAGGAACAUCGGUGAGAGCAGUGAGACUUAUCAGAACGUCGACAACCUAAAAACCAUAAUCGCCAUUGUUACAGGUGCGAUGGUGGUGAUUGUGGUCAUCUUUAUAAUGGUUCUGGUGCGGUGCCGUCACGCCUCACAGUUCAAAGCUGCGCAGAGAAAAAAGCAGGGUGCCGAAUGGAUGUCGCCCAACCAGGAGAACAAGCAGAACAAGAAGAAGAAGCGUAAAAAGAGGAAGUCUCCAAAGAGCUCCCUUUUGAACUUUGUCACCAUUGAGGAGAACAAACCUGUCGACCCUGCCCACGAACCCAUUAACGGAACCAUCAGUCUCCCGGCUGAGCUCGAGGAGCCUGGGAUUGGACGCUUUGACUGGAAUGCCACCCCUACUACCACGUUCAAACCUAGCAGCCCAGACCUGGCCCGACACUACAAGUCUGCUUCACCCCAAUCGGCCUUCCACCUAAAAGCUGACACUCCGGUGUCUGUGAAAAAGCACCAUGUCAUACAGGAGCUGCCGUUGGACAAUACCUUUGUUGGGGGCUGUGACACGCUUUCCAAACGGUCCUCCACCAGCUCAGAUCACUUCAGUGCCUCAGAAUGCAGUUCACAAGGAGGCUUCAAGUCAAAGGGGGCACCUUUGCACACCAGACAGGGAACGCUUACCCGUGCCCGCACGGAACUGAACCCCGACUAUCUGGACCUUCGUUCCCGAGCUGAGCUGAACCCAGAGUACUGGACACCAUGUACUCCUCUAUCUCAGCGGCGGGUCACGUUUCAUCUGCCGGAUGGCUCACAGGAGAGCUGCAGUGACAGUGGGCUGGGUGACCAUGAGCCAGUGGGUAGUGGGCCACUCCUCUCACACCCUCUCCCUCUGGUGCAGGCACAGGAUGAGUUCUACGAGCAGGCCUCCCCUGACAAGAGGACCGAAGCCGAUGGCAACUCGGACCCCAACUCUGAUGGACCUUUAGGACCAAGAGGCUUAGUGGAGGCCACAGAGAUGUGCACCCAAGAGUGUCUGGUGUUGGGACACUCAGACAAUUGCUGGAUGCCGCCAAGCCUGAUGUCGUACCCUUCACCCAAGUCACCCGUUUCGUCUUUCAACAACCAGAAGGAGUGGGGUAAAGAGAGAUUGCUCAAUGGCCACACCCUGACCCGAAGCUGGAAAAGUGAGCGUGGAAGCCAGGAGCAAUUUGGGGACAGGAAGACCUUUGGGAGCUCGGAAGGACAUUUUGGCAGCGGUGGCGGAGGUCACAUGGCCGACAUCCCGUUGGCCAGCCUGAAAUCAUACCAGCCCGCCUCUGGCCCUGACAGUCCAAAAGAACAGCAGCUUUAAGAGCUUUUUAGGGUUUCUUUUUGUUCGUGUCUUCUCCACAAUCACCCCAGCAACUUUUGAGAGCUUUAGUCCAUUGGUCCUUACAGUUUUUCUCUUUUUCUUAGAUUGAUGCUAAUGCGGUGUGAUAGUUACGUGUAUGGAGUAGACCUUAGACUUUAUUGCUUAUGCAGGAAAGUAUACUAUGCCAAUCCAAUUUACCAACGGCCCUUCUGCUGAGAUUUUCUUGUGCAGAUUCAUAGCUGCCCUAAAAAUCCCAUGGUUUGCUGCAAAUUCACAUAAAAGGAAACUUUGCGUACGUUGUCUUGAACAGAGACUGCAAUAAAAGAGUUCAAGAUAAAAAAAAAUAAAUAAAAAAAACUGUGCUCUAUGUAUCACAGUUAUUAAAAAAAAUAAAAUAAAAAUAAAAACAAAAUAAUAAUAAUUAUAAAGGCUGAUCAAUAUAUACAAAUAUUGUGACGUGGUUGUUUUUGAGCUGUUUUGGGACUAUAUUAAUCUACACCAUCCAAGAAAAAUGGAAUUUACAAUUGAGAAAGCAUUGUGCUAAUAACACUGUUAGUGGAAAUCUUGUUUUGUCUGUCAUCGUUGAAGUGUUUGUAAAUAGGACUUAAUACUAACCGAUUUUAUGUACUUGUAAUAAUCACAUGGAAUAGAUCCGUGAUCAUGGCAGUUGUCUUUUAUCAUUCAUCGUACAGGAGACGUUGUUUUUAUCGGGGCUUUUGUCAUUCACAUUUGUCUUCUGGAACAGGGGACCACAGUCUGAAGUUGGAAAGCAAACAGACACAAAAACACACAAAUUUGUGGGCAAAUUUACUAAACGGUUGCGCCCCUUUAGCGCAUGUUAUUUUCACUGUAGUUCACGACUUAUUCGCGAACCACACGCAAUCCAGUUUAAGCAGGCACUAAACGCCCUGGAAAAGUGCUGCAACAUGGGUAUUAAAAAUUGUAUUGCCAUUAUUUUCAACGCAAACAAGUCUACUUUUUAUGAAAAUUAACGCAAUUAGCGUUGCGCUAUUACAGAAGUUAAACAGAAUUUUAUUUAAAAGAAGAGCGUUAUAAUGUGGCAUAUAUCCAGAUUUGUGAUGUAGUCAAACGCACUCUCAGCAUUUAAAAGAGUUGAUUAAGGUGCCUGGAUUGUAGCGGUGGAGCUGUACAGUCCUAGUAAAGUAAACCAGAUUGCAGUGGUCUGCUGCAUCCUCUACAACGUAUCCCUUCAGAACCCACUUGCGAAGUGGCGAAUUGCGUCGUGCAAAUUACACUUAGAAUAGAGUUUUUGGGCAUUUUUGCGACGUUACCUGAUUUGCUUAACUUCUUUCGUGAACCGGGCGAUAAAACAAUGCAGACAGCAUGUGCAAAUAAAUAAUGCUAUAAGCGGGCACAAUCAAUUAUUUAAUGAAUUUCCCCACACACAUGUACAAACAUGAACACACACACCCACACUCCCUCUGAUGGAGAAAUAACAGAUGAAAUGCGGAUGAUAAUGUCAAUCAGUCAUGACAUUGCACAACUGUCCAGUUAAAUCAAUGAAUCUGGCGAACGUAUUUUUUCAAAACUAUUUUGUAUUAUUGAUGUAAAUGCUCAAUUUCUACUUACUGAAACAGAAAGCUUGAUGUCUUUUCCUCGAAAAAAAAAAAAAAAAAAAGAUGUUACAAUUCAACAGCAAUAUAUUUGUAAAUUCUCAACCUCUAAUUUAAAUAUGUCAUUAUUGUACAUGUUUAAUUAAAAUUGUGCUUUAAUUCAGUAUUUGCAAACUCUAAGAACGUUUUUGUUUUUUUUAUUUUUUUAUGAGAUAUCCUGUAUGCCUAUGGUUUUCAACAUGCAAGAGAAGUGAGUGUAGUUUUCAUGUCUGUACCUUCAUGACAUAUACUACGUAUUGUACCGAUCUGGAGGUUUUACGAAAAGCAAUUCCCUAGUUGUUGAGUGCUGAACACAGUAAAUGUUUGUCAGGCACUAAAAUGCACAGUCAUUCCAGACAGAAAAAUAUUAAAAAAUAAACUGUCAAAACUUAGAAAGGGAUAAAAAAAAUAAAUAAUAAUAAAUAAAUAAAUAAAUAAAAAACAAUGAACGGACCAUAAUCCAAAUGAGCAUGUGGACAAUUUAAAGACUUUUGUUUAAUUUUUAUUUUGUCUUUAAAUGUUUGGGCCGUUCUUUUGUCCCUUCUUGUCACAUGGCAUGGCAGCCAGUUCAAACGAUGGAUCCGCAUGCCUGAAGAGAUGAAAUAGCUUUAAAAUGACUUAGUUUCACCUUCUUUUCAUUCAGUUUACAACUAUUGAUUUGUAAUGCUGUGAGGUCAUUCAUUUUGUAUAGCACCUUUGUGUUUUAUCACAAUAUACAAAAAAGGUAUAAAAAAAAGACAAUAUGAAAAGAGGGUGGUGUUAGUUGCUUUCAGCAGUAUGUUUGUUGGUUGUGGGACAUUUGCCAUCAUAGAUAUUUAAAAAGUUACUCCUUGUUACUGCUCUACAGGUAUACCGCUACUGCAAUAAAUGUUUUAAAUUUGUU